UCUCUCACUAACAUAGCCCACGUUUUCUUUCCUUUCUCUCUCUCUCUAAUCUAUAGAGUCUGUCAGCUUCAAAACUUCAAUUCUAACACCACCAUGACCAUAGUGGCUACAGCUGCAGCUCUCUCUUUGCCAAUCUCUCUUUGUAGAUCAUCUAAGCUCAACACUAGAAAGGGAGUAAGAGGAGGAUUUCGGGUGGUUGCUGUUUUUAGAGAGGAAGGAGGGUUGGAGAAGAAGAGCACUUGGGGACAGCUUUUUGAUGUGGAGGAUCCAAGGUCUAAGGUUCCCCAGUGUAAAGGGAAGUUCUUGGAUGUAAAUCAAGCCCUAGAAGUGGUUAGAUAUGAUCUUCGGUACUGUGAUUGGCGGGCCCGGCAAGAUGUCCUCACAAUCAUGCUUCUCCAUGAAAAGGUUGUAGAAGUUUUAAAUCCUCUAGCUCGUGACUACAAGUCCAUUGGCACAAUGAAGAAGGAACUUGCGGAGUUGCAAGGAGAAUUAGCACAAGCUCACAAACAGGUUCACAUGUCCGAAGCAAGAGUUGCCACUGCUUUAGAUAAACUAGCUUACAUGGAAGAAUUGGUGAAUGAUAGGCUGUUACAAGACAGAAGCACUACAGCAUCAGACCAAACAUCCCCCUCUCCCAGUACUUCUACACAAUCUCUUGAAGUUGUACAGAGAAGGUCACCACGUAAAAGCUUGAACGUAUCUGGUCCCGUAAAACCUUAUCAUCCCCGCUUGAAGAAUUUCUGGUAUCCCAUUGCUUUCUCCAAUGAUCUGAAGGAGGAUACCAUGAUUCCAAUUGAAUGUUUUGAGGAACCAUGGGUUGUCUUUCGUGGAAAAGAUGGGAAACCUGGAUGUAUCCAGAACACCUGUGCACAUAGAGCAUGUCCUCUUCACCUUGGUUCAGUCAAUGAGGGUCGCAUCCAAUGUCCCUACCAUGGGUGGGAGUACUCAACAGAUGGAAAAUGUGAGAAAAUGCCAUCUACGCGAUUACUUAAUUUGAAGAUAAAGUCAUUGCCAUGUUUUGAACAAGAGGGAAUGAUCUGGAUUUGGCCUGGAAAUGACCCUCCAACGGCCACCAUUCCCUCUUUAGAACCUCCUCCAGGAUUUCAAAUUCAUGCUGAGAUUGUCAUGGAACUUCCAGUGGAACAUGGACUACUUCUAGAUAAUCUUUUGGAUCUUGCACAUGCCCCUUUCACUCACACUUCCACCUUUGCCAAGGGAUGGAGCGUUCCCAGCUUUGUGAAAUUUUUGACACCUGCUUCGGGCCUCCAAGGAUAUUGGGACCCUUAUCCAAUUGACAUGGAAUUUCGGCCACCUUGUAUGGUGCUAUCAACUAUCGGGAUCUCAAAGCCUGGCAAACUGGAAGGGCAGAGUACCAAGCAGUGUGCCACACACCUUCACCAACUUCAUGUUUGUUUACCUUCUUCAAGGCAGAAGACAAGGUUAUUAUACAGAAUGUCACUGGAUUUUGCUCCCCUGCUUAAGUACGUUCCUUUUGUGCAAUAUCUGUGGCGGCAUUUCGCAGAACAGGUGUUAAAUGAGGAUCUGCGGCUCGUAGUUGGCCAGCAAGAGCGCAUGCUCAAUGGUGCAAAUAUCUGGAAUUGGCCUGUAUCCUAUGAUAAGCUAGGUGUGAGGUACAGGCUAUGGAGAGAUGCCGUGGACAGAGGAGCUAAGCAACUACCCUACAGUGAAUCAACAUAGAAUAAGAUGUGAUGAUGGAUUAUUUAACGGCUUGCUUCUCCGGAAUAAGCCUGCACAUAUGACAAACUUGUGCAGGAAGUCAGGAACUAUUAAAUGAGCACGAAAUGGCUGAGAACAUUAUGCAGUUUCGCAUACCUUUUCUCUCUCAAUUGGAUUUACGUUGGCACUGGCGGAAAUUGUUAAUGGUCUGAGGCAGAGAAAAUAGUGUCUAUGUACAAAACCCUUGUAAACUAAAAAGAAACUGUACACUAAUUUUAUUGAUUCGUUGUACAGUGUCAAAUCCUUUUCUAUUUUUAUUUUUUAACCUUAUUUUCAAUUUUUCACCACAAUGAAGCGAAGAUUGAUUUCUGGUCU